AUGCAUAUAUACAGCGUACUAAUCACUCUAAUAAUUAAUAUACAGCAAUUGUGUCUAUCCGCAUAUAUCAGAGAUCGUUCAUCAAACGCAGUAAAGACAAAUAUAGCAACAAUAAUAGGUGGGAAAAGUAGUUGUGAUGUAAUAAACGGCAAAUUAAACACUUAUUGCUCAACUUUUAAGCCUAAACCCGGCAAUUUUGGCAUCCACUGCAACAACGCUAUUUGCAAACAGUCGUGCUGUAACCAUACACUUAUUUGUUCAUCUUCUUACAGGUUUCCAGACAAAAAUUUCUUAUAUUGCGUGAAGGAAAGGGUGUCUCUCGACUUUAACGAUUGUUGUCAAUCUACGUUUAAAACUCCACAUUUCAACUAUAUGUAUGCUGGAAUUGCUAUUGCAAUCAUGGUUUCAUUAUGCGGCGUAAUAUGUGCCCUGACAAUUAAAGAUGACAAGGGCCAUCGUAAAUCAAUACUUAAAACAAAAGAUGUACCAUACUUGCACAUACCACAACUCAUUGCCACUGAUCAAAAUGAUAUAUUCUGGGAUGAAAUCUAA